GUUGCGGGUGCGAGACUGCGCGCGAGGGUUUGAAGCGGGAAAAGCGUGGUUACUAUGGAGACGUGGCCUAGUCGGUGCUGCUGAAUGGCGCCGCGGAUGGUGUUAGCUUGAAGAUGGCAUCAUGCCUUUAUGAAUGCCUUUGUGAGGCAGAACUUGAAAAAUAUUAUCCCCAUUUUGCUGCCUUUGGCCUUCAGAAGAUUGAUGAGCUUGCCAAAGUUACCAUGAAAGAUUACACCAAACUGGGGGUUCACGACAUGAAUGAUCGCAAACGGCUUUUUCAGCUCAUUAGAAUAAUCAAAAUUAUGCAAGAGGAAGACAUUUCAAACUUAAGCAAGCAAGAUUUCCAACCAAGUGGCCUUUUCAUUCAGCCUCAGGUGACUAGAUCAGGUCCCCGCAGACAGUUGCAUUUUGAGUCCUUCUUUGAAGAAAAUGAUGGAACGGUUGAAGACUCCAAAUCUGAACCAUAUGGUUUAUCUGAUUUUGGUGCCAAUGAAGAGAACAGUAUAGGGGAAAUGUUGGGACACACUCAACCACAUGAUUCAGAGCUCAUCAGAUUAACUAGAAGAGAUCUAAAUACUCCUGGAACAUGCACAAAAAAAGACCUGAGCUGUCCAACAGUUUCUGGUGAUAUUGCUCCGCUCCUGGGGGAUUCUGAAGCUCCUAUUGUACAAAGAAUAACUCAUAUUUCAGGGUAUAAUUAUGGGCUACCUCAUUCCUGUAUCAGAUCCAGUGUUUCUGAGAAAGAGACACCAUGGACAGAGAGUGAAAAAAUCAGAGUGUGUGUCCGAAAACGUCCUUUGGGCCUGAGAGAGGAGCGACGUGGGGAGGUUAAUAUCAUCACAGUGAAAGAUAAGGAAACCUUACUUCUUCAUGAGAAGAAGGAGGCAGUUGAUCUCACCCAAUAUAUUUUACAGCAUGUUUUUUAUUUUGAUGAAGUCUUUGGGGAGUCAUGUACCAAUCAGGAUGUGUAUAUGAAGACAGCUCAUCCUCUCAUUCAGCACAUUUUCAAUGGAGGCAAUGCUACCUGCUUCGCAUACGGGCAGACUGGUGCUGGCAAGACUUACACUAUGAUAGGUACUCAGCGGAACCCAGGACUCUACGCCUUGGCUGCCAAGGACAUCUUUAGACAGUUGGAAGCAUCACAGUCCAAGAAAGAUUUCCUUGUUUUUAUCAGUUUUUAUGAGAUCUACUGUGGACAGCUUUAUGACCUGCUAAAUGGAAGGAAGAGACUUUUUGCAAGAGAAGAUAGCAAGCAUGUUGUUCAAAUAGUUGGACUGCGGGAGGUUCAGGUGGACUCUGUAGAUCUACUGCUGGAGGUGAUUUUGAAGGGGGGGAAGGAACGUAGCACAGGUGCUACUGGAGUCAACUCAGAUUCCUCUCGAUCUCAUGCUAUCAUCCAAAUUCAAAUUAAAGACACAGCCAACAGGACAUUUGGAAGGAUAUCAUUCAUAGACUUGGCUGGCAGUGAAAGGGCAGCUGAUGCCAGAGACUCGGAUCGGCAAACAAAAAUGGAAGGAGCAGAAAUAAACCAAAGUCUUUUAGCACUAAAGGAAUGCAUUCGGGCACUGGAUCAGGAACAUGCACAUACUCCUUUCCGGCAAAGCAAAUUAACUCAGGUGUUAAAAGAUUCUUUCAUUGGCAAUUCCAAGACGUGUAUGAUAGCCAAUGUGUCACCAAGCCACAUAGCUACAGAGCACACCCUGAACACUUUAAGAUAUGCCGACAGGGUCAAGGAGCUGAAGAAAGGGAUUAAAUGUUCUACCCCCAUCACAAACAAGCGUCGGACAGCUGGAAAUGUAUCUCCAAAACGUGUCCAAAACAAUCCCUCUUUGCCACCUGGGGAAAAGAGCUCUCCAAAGAAAGUGAAGCUAGGCCUCCAGCAUCCCUCAAAUGCCACAAAAACAAAGGCAUGUCCUGCAGCUCUCCAGCCAUCAAGUGUCCCUUUUACCUCUACCCCCAGGGCAAUCAACAAAGGACAUGCCCACAGGGGAAAUCCCAGCUCACCAUGGUUCCACCACGUUAGUCCGGUUAAGGGAGUUCUACGGAUAGCACAUCCCCUGAAGAAGAAAAAUGAUGAUCUGCCUGCCCACUCUGAAAAGAACCCCACUGCAAAGGAUGCUGCCACACCAGAAAUGAAAGAGAGUGGCCAGAGAGACAAGUAUAUGCAAGACAGACCACCUGCCCAGGGCCUGAAAGUCCAGACAGUGCAGCCUGUUCAGAAACAGCUUGUUCCUAGAGAUGAUUUUUCCUUUGGAGAUGGAAAUCUGCUGUCCGAUGGGAGACAGGAAUGGGGAAACACCUUUGCUAAACAGUGUGUUGAAACCUGGACAAAUCUGCCUCCAUUUCAGAAGGAAAGGGAAGAGCAUUUACGUCUUUAUCACCAGCAGUUUCAGCAGCCACCUAUUCUACAGCAAAAACUGAAUUAUCAACCUCUUGAGAGGUUUUUAACGCAGUACAAGCCCCAGGAGAUUCAAGUGAAGCAGGAGCUGAGCCUUCCUCCCACAGAAGUACAGAGCAAAGAGGGAAUGCAGCUGGAAGACUUGGAUGACAGUGAUUUCAGUGAAGAUUCUUUCUCACCUAUCUGUAGUCAAAAGAGCGUGAAAAGAAAAAACACCAACAAGUGCAGUCAACAUUCAUUUUUCCUCCAUCAGAGAGAACAAGAAACUGAAGAAGAGCAAAAAGGCCAAAAGAGACAGGAUUUAUUUUUCAAAUAUGCAGUAUCCAUGCCAGAACAUGAGCUAGAUGGCAGCUGGGAUUGUUGUGAGGGCAGCCCAAAGACGGAGGAAUCCAUUAAAAGUGCAGGUUGCAGCAAAACUCCAUCAGACUGGAACUACGACUUCACUAUUGAGCCCUCUUCAAGCAAUGCUGCUGAAAAACCUUACUGCCUGCAGGAUGAUCCUGCUUGUAACUGGAAAAAUGGCAAAGAUUUCCUAGCUGAUCACAACCAGUGCAAAUCCAAACACAGAUGUCUUGUUUACUCCAGUGAAGAACCGUUGACUGCAGAAAAGGAAGCUUCAAACUCGUAUGUUUCUCCUGUAUUGAAAAUGGGAACUCCAGAGAGCAAAGAGGUUGACCUCCAGCACGAAGAGAAUGAAGAAUCCCCUUUGGAUAGACAUGCUGUAAUUGCAGGAGAUGUAAAAUGGAAAGCUCGAAAAAAUGGUGUUAACCAUUGCGGAUCUUCCAGUUGUUCCUCAGAAUUCUCCUCUGAGCUGAUGGCCCCUCUCAUGUCCCUUCUUGACUAUGAGGAAACAACUGGUUCAGAGAAAGUGUCCUCUAACCAAGAGACGUCCCCUUGCGUGAAGAGCACACACGGCUCCCAGAGCAGGUUUGCAGAAGAGAGCUGGCAGUGCACGAGAAGCAGAGCUCUGACAGACAGCAUGCUGGAACUGGGGGAGCAAACGCGUCGUGGUGGAAGACACUGCACCCUGCUGCAUCCCCCACAGACAGGGGACAAGAGGCUCUCACCCCUGUGCUGUGAUGUGAAGCCUUGCCACUGCCUCCUGGGCUCAGCUUCACCAAAGCAAGGGGUCGCUCACAGCUUAUCUGCUGGAUGUGACCUGAUAGAAACAUCCACAGCUGAAUCCAUGGGCUCCAGGGGACACAGAGAGUGUGGUUUGUUUCCCAGUAACUCAACGUGCAACGAAUACUUGUGUGGCAGACAGUGUGGUGCAGAUGUUAAAGUUAAUACUGGUAAUUCAGGAAGAUCCAGCUCAAAUCAAGGACCCAGUGUUGAGCCCAUGGCUCAGGAAAUAAAUGCUGAUAUACCCCAAAAGAGCUAUUUUUCAGGUGCACCAUGCUUUCUCAGUGUGGGACAUAUGGAUUACACAGUCCAGUCCCCCUCUCAGGAAAGCAGCCUGCUACUGCAGCCCAAGUCAGGACUGAAGAGUGAGGACUUCAGUCAUUCUGAAGACUCAGCCAAGUCGUCGUUCAGCAAUGAGGAGAGAGGGUUGCUAAAGAACAAGUUAAUGCAGAAUCUUUUUACACAAGAGACUUCUGUGGCAGAUUCAGCAUUUGCAACUAAAGAUAAGCAGCCAUUAGCAAAUGCAAAGAGCCCCUCAGGCGUGUCCAGCAGCAGCUCUGCCAGUGCUGCAUCAGAGAUGGGAAAAUGGCAGAGGGAAGCCCUAGAAAAAGCACAACAGGCUGUAAUUUGGGCCCAUCAGCAGCAGCUGGAUGAAAUGGCAUCCUUGUGCUUCAAGGAAGAGUGCUUAAUAAAUCAGAUGUCAGCAAUGGAUUUUCAGAACUUCAUGACCAAGCUGGAUGAAAUCUUGAUACUGAAGUCAAAGUGUAUACAAACAAUGCGAGACCAGCUUCAGCUCUGUUUAGCCUCUCCUGGCACUAACACCUCCCUGCAAACACCUCCACCAGUUUAAACUGUCUUUGCUUGCAUGUGCACAAGAACAGCUACAGAAGCAGCUAGCUAGUGUUUGGCCACACUUGUGCUGCAGAUUUUUGAGUGGGUAGGGGAUAGCUUUUGGUUUGAUGUUUAUUGAUUAGUGUGUAUUUUACAUAAGGAUGGAGAGAAUGCUGAGUAAAUGAGAGAUGAGUACUUGGCACCACAAGUUUUUGUAUUUCCUUAAUACCAGUAAGCCAUUUUCUUACAAGCAACAAUGCAUCAGCCUCUUAACUAUCUCACCAAGCAGCAGGCAGCCCUGUCCACAGUAUUCACAGCAGCUUUGCACAUGCUAAAGGCACUUCUGUGUUUCCAAGAAAAUGAGGCCACAGGUCUGAAGAGAAAUGCUCAAAUGUUAUCCAGAAGUGUUUUGCAAACAUAAGCCAGGAAAGAGGAGCCACUGUUUAUUGAGUACACAAAUGUAAUUAGACCAUAAGUAAAUGGAAAUCAAGGCAGGAGAAGUGCUGUCACUUUGAGAAGACAAAAGGCUGUUGUUGCAGUUGUUUUUUGCUGGGGACAAACACUCCAGAGCUCCUGAACUCCGGCUGGCUGAAGUCAGGGGUAGCAAGUGAUUUAGUAGGGACUUCUUAUCAAAGGUUCAUCUAGCAUGUUAGUAAGCAUGUGGGUUCAUACUGCUGCCAACAGUGUACCCACUGCAAACUAUGGCACAGCUGUAGAAUGCUCACUGGCUGGGGUCUGGUGAGAGGCACUGAGCUUUCAGAAGCUGCCAACACUGCUGUUAUGUGAAGCUGGUAUUUGAAUCAGGAAC